CACCUCCCAAAAAGUCGUUAUCAGUUCCACGCUCUCUGUUCAAUUUCAAAGGCCUUACCCCCAAUACAAGUAGUAGUUUCUCUCUGUCUGCCACUCUGUUUUAUGGUUCUACUUUCUGCUCAUCUGCAUUCACAUUUGACAUUCCCAGCACACAGAGAAAAAUGGGUUUCUUUCACUCUCGUCUCACUGUAAUUCUCGUACUUGAACUUACAAUCUUGUGUCAUGUACAUGGGAAUGCAGAGCUUAGAGCUUUAAUGGAGCUAAAAUCUUCAUUGGAUCCAACAAACAAGGUAUUGAAGACCUGGUCAAGUGAUGGAGACCCAUGUAGCGGAUCCUUCGACGGUGUGGCUUGUAACGAGCACCGUAAAGUGGCUAACAUUUCGUUGCAGGGAAAGGGCUUAUCAGGAACAGUCUCGCCGUCAAUUGCGGAGCUCAAGUGCUUGUCUGGUCUGUACUUGCAUUACAAUUCCCUGUCCGGAGUGAUACCUAAACAGAUUGCGGAUCUAACUGAAUUGUCUGAUCUUUACUUGAAUGUCAAUAAUUUGUCUGGGACUGUUCCUCCUGAGAUCAGUAACAUGGCGGGUUUACAAGUUCUGGACCUGUGUUGUAACCAGCUGACUGGGAGUUUGCCUACACAAAUGGGAUCCUUGAAAAAGCUUAGUGUUCUCAGUUUGCAAUACAACAAACUAACUGGAGACAUUCCUGCCAGUUUAGGGAACAUAAAGACAUUAAGAAGCCUUGAUUUGAGCUUUAAUCGCUUGUUUGGUACAAUUCCUGCAAGUCUAGCUGAUCUGCCACAACUGGAAGCUCUAGAUGUCAGAAACAAUACUCUAUCUGGAGUCGUCUCUAUAGGUUUAGAGAGAUUAAAUGGUGGAUUCCACUUCGAGAACAAUCCGGGCUUAUGUGGAGUUGGGUUUACUGCGUUAAGAGCUUGUGGUCCCUUUGAUGAUGUGAACAUCAAUAAAGUUGACCCUGUCGGAUCAAACAUAACACGAGGUGUCCCUGAGUCUGCAAACUUCAAUCCGCACUGCAACCAGACUCAUUGCUCACAUUCACCAAAAUUUCCCCAAAUGGUGGUUGUAUCGGCGGUUAUCAUAGUCAUUGUGUCAUUGGCAGGUGCUGGAUUCUGGGCAUUUUUUCGCUGCCGCAGGCGAAAACAAAAGAUUGGGAGUACAUCUGAGUCUUCUGAGGUGCGGCUUAGCACUGACCAGGCUAAGGAAUUCCAUAGGAAUGGGAGUGCCUCUCCACUUGUAAGUCUUGAGUACUCAUAUGGUUGGGACCCGAUGGGAGAAAAUGGCAUUGGAAUUUCACAAGAUCUUCUCAAUACCUUAAGGUUCAACGUGGAAGAAGUUGAGUCUGCAACGCAAUGCUUCUCGGAAGUGAAUUUAUUAAGGAAGAGUAACUUCUCAUCUGUCUACAAAGGAAUUCUUAGGGAUGGCUCCCUCGUGGCUAUUAGGAGGAUUAAUAUCACCAGCUGUAAGUCUGAGGAAGCCGAGUUUUCAAAGGGUUUGAACUUGUUAAUGUUGUUGAGACACGAGAACCUUGUUAGGCUGCGAGGCUUUUGUUGCUCGAGGGCCAGAGGCGAAUGUUUUCUCAUCUAUGACUUUGCUCCUAAAGGCAAUCUUUCAAAAUAUCUCGACUUGGAAGAUGUAGACAACGUUGUUCUUGACUGGUCGACAAGGUUUUCCAUCAUUAAUGGCAUUGCAAAAGGUAUUGAAUAUUUACAUAGAAGUGAAGGGACUAAACCUGCCAUAGUUCAUCAAAAUUUGUCUGUUGAGAAGGUUCUCCUUGACCAGCAGUUCAAUCCUCUGAUUGCAGACUCUGGCCUUUCUAAGAUUCUUGCAGAUGACAUGGUCUUCUCCGCUCUAAAAACCAGUGCCGCGAUGGGAUAUCUAGCACCAGAAUAUGUAACCACUGGCCGGUUUACCGAGAGGAGCGAUGUAUAUGCAUUUGGAGUGAUGGUACUCCAAAUCAUCUCUGGUAAACAGCUACUCACCAACUCAAUGCGCUUGGGAGCUGCAUCUUGCACAUUUGAAAAUUUUGUUGAUACAGAUCUUAAGGGAAACUUCUCUCAAUCUGAAGUAGCUGUAUUAGCAAAACUUGCCCUGCUUUGCACCAAUGAGAAUCCUGAACAAAGGCCAACCAUGGAGACGAUGAUCCAGGAGCUAAACAGUGUAGUCUCGGCACUUGAUCACGAUGAUUGAGAAAUUGCUGAUGAUAUCCAGUAGCAAUAAAAAGUGUAGUCUCGGCACUUGAUUGCGAUGUUUCUAUUUCUUUUGAUUGAGAAAUUGCUGAUGAUGGAGGAUGGAGGAUGGAGGAUGAGUUAUUGAUACACAAUACAGUGAUCUGAAUCUAUGAACUGAUUUCUAUAUCAUUUGCCUCAAACAAGUAGGCUAACUGCAAAUCUUACAGUACUUUGGCUGCCUGUAUAAUAGGAUAUCUUGGGGAACAAAUUUCGACUCAAUAUAGUAAAAGUCAUCUCAUUUUCUACUGAAAGCGAAGACAUUGUAAUAUCAAAGUUUGAUCAUUCUAUUGAAACCAUUCUUCAUUACAGUCUAAUGAAUGAGACCUCGAGUUCCUCACAA